UUUCUGUACUGAAAUCAUUCUGGAAACUCAAACAGUAGACUUCAUCAUUCAAGGGAAGCCAAAGCCAUUUGAGGGAGAAUAAAGCCAAAAGCCUUUUAUCAUAUUUAUUCCAAGAAUUUCACUGCCCCCUCCCUACUGUCCUCCAAAAAUAAGCCAUUGCAUGCAGACAGGCAGCAUGGCCAGCAAACGAAAAUCUACAACUCCAUGCAUGGUUCGAACAUCACAGGUGGUGGAACAAGAUGUGCCCGAGGAGGUAGACAGGGCCAAAGAAAAAGGAAUUGGCACGCCACAGCCUGACGUGGCCAAGGACAGUUGGGCAGCAGAACCUGAAAACUCUUCCAAAGAGAAUGAAGUGAUAGAGGUGAGAUCUACAGGGGAAAACCAGUCCAAAAAACUGCAAGGUGGUUAUGAAUGCAAAUACUGCCCUUACUCCACGCAGAACCUGAAUGAGUUCACGGAGCACGUUGACAUGCAGCAUCCUAAUGUGAUUCUAAAUCCCCUCUACGUGUGUGCCGAAUGUAACUUCACAACCAAAAAGUAUGACUCCUUGUCUGACCACAACUCCAAGUUCCAUCCCGGGGAGACCAACUUCAAGCUGAAGUUAAUCAAGCGCAAUAAUCAGACUGUCUUAGAGCAGUCCAUCGAAGCCACCAACCAUGUCGUGUCCAUCACCACCAGUGGCCCUGGGAGUGGUGACAGUGAUCCUGGGAUCUCAAUGAGUAAAACCUCCAUCAUGAAGGCAGGGAAGCCGAAAGCAGAUGCCAAGAAGGUGCCCAAGAAGCCUGAGGAGGCCACCCCUGAGAACCACGUGGAAGGGACUGCCCGCCUGGUGACGGACACAGCUGAAAUCCUCUCGCGACUCGGAGGUGUGGAGCUCCUCCAAGACACGUUAGGACAUGUCAUGCCUUCUGUACAGCUGCCGCCAAAUAUCAACCUUGUCCCCAAGGUCCCUGUCCCGCUGAACACUACCAAAUAUAACUCUGCCCUGGAUACAAAUGCCACCAUGAUCAACUCCUUCAACAAGUUCCCUUACCCAACCCAGGCUGAGUUGUCCUGGCUGACAGCAGCCUCCAAACACCCAGAGGAGCACAUCAGAAUCUGGUUUGCCACCCAGCGCUUGAAGCAUGGCAUCAGCUGGUCUCCAGAAGAGGUGGAGGAGGCUCGGAAGAAGAUGUUUAACGGCACCAUCCAGUCAGUACCCCCCACGAUCACUGUGCUGCCUGCCCAGUUGGCCCCCACAAAGAUGUCGCAGCCCAUCCUCCAGACAGCUCUACCAUGCCAGAUCCUCGGCCAGACCAGCCUGGUGCUGACUCAGGUAACAAGCAGCUCAACAACUGUCUCUUGCUCCCCCAUCACACUGGCUGUGGCCGGAGUGACCAACCACGGCCAGAAGAGACCUUUGAUGACUCCUCAAGCUGCCCCAGAGCCCAAGCGUCCACACAUCGCCCAGGUGCCAGAGCCCCCACUCAAGAUGGCCAACCCCCCACUCACCCCGGCCAGCGACCGCAAGAAGACAAAGGAGCAAAUAGCCCAUCUCAAGGCAAGCUUUCUGCAGAGCCAGUUCCCUGACGAUGCUGAGGUCUACCGGCUCAUUGAAGUGACCGGCCUCGCCAGGAGCGAGAUCAAGAAGUGGUUCAGUGACCACCGGUAUCGAUGUCAAAGGGGCAUCGUCCACAUCACCAGCGAAUCCCUUGCCAAAGACCAGCUGGCCAUCGCAGCCUCCCAACACGGUCGCACGUACCAUGCUUACCCAGACUUUGCCCCCCAGAAGUUCAAAGAAAAAACACAGGGUCAGGUUAAAACCCUGGAAGACAGCUUUUUGAAAAGUUCUUUUCCUACCCAAGCAGAACUGGAUCGGCUAAGGGUGGAGACCAAGCUGAGCAGGAGAGAGAUCGACUCCUGGUUCUCAGAGAGGCGGAAGCUGCGGGACAGCAUGGAACAAGCAGUCUUGGAUUCCAUGGGUUCUAGCAAAACAGGCCCAGACAUGGUGGCCCCCAAUGGUGCUCUGUCUCGACUUGACCAGCUCUCUGGUGCCCAGUUAGCUAGUUCUCUGCCCAGCCCUUCACCAGCCAUCACAAAAAGUCAAGAACAGGUUCAUCUGCUGAGGAGCACAUUUGCAAGAACCCAGUGGCCUACUCCCCAGGAAUAUGACCAGUUGGCGGCCAAGACCGGCCUGGUCCGAACUGAGAUUGUGCGUUGGUUCAAGGAGAACAGAUGCUUGCUAAAAACUGGAACCUUAAAGUGGCUGGAGCAGUACCAGCAGCAGCAGCUGGUGGAUGAUCACAGCUAUGAUGCCCCAUCAAGAAAAGCAGCAAGACCUGUGGCCGAGAGCCCAAAGCACGGAAGCGAGGUGGGUCAGCCAUAUCACAAGGACCCCAAAAAGCUCAGCGACGAGGACUUGGAGAAGUUGGUCUCCCGAGUGAAAGUGGGCAGCGGGCAAAUUAAAGACUGUUUGCCUGCCAAGCCCUCAGAGGCCACCUCGGACCGGUCAGAGGGCAGCAGCCGGGACGGCCAGGGCAGCGAUGAAAACGAGGAGUCGCGCAUUGUGGAUUACGUGGAGGUGACCGUCAGAGAGGAGGACGCCGUCUCGGACAGGUCGGACGGCUGGAGUCAGACCGCAGCAGAAGGCAACGCCGAGCUGGCCGAUUCCGACUCCGAUGACACCGCUGCUGAGGCGGGCCAGGCCUAGCCAGGGAAGCCCGUCAGAACUGCUGUGCUGAGAAAGGGGAUGCUCUGUCUUUGAAGAAAGAAGAGAACGUCCCCCCAGCCGUGGGCCACCCUCGCUAGUGACUGCAAGUGGCGCUACAUAGCUCAUGCGGGCCUGAAGGGUGCGGGGACCCCAGCUGCUCUCCCAGGCACCUCCCAGAGGACCGGUGGGAAUUGUUCAUAGUGCCAAAGUCCUACUACUGCAUUUUCAAUGGGUCCUUGUAAAUAGUUUGCUCCUCUGCCCUGGCCCCACCUCUUGCUAUACUGGAACAGAUUUGUACCAUGUGGGUAUUUUGUUACAUUUUUAAUCAAGGGCAACUUCCUUUUCCAGCACUACCCUUGUAAGGUUUUUUUCCCAGGAGGGAGGGCUAACCACAGUGCUUUCCUCUUUU